AAGUAGGAGACAUAACACAUUUGUUACCAUUAGCCCAGUCAAAUUACGACUAAUCAACGAAGUAAAUGGCCCAAUUAUUCUGUUAGGUCUCAGCCGUACAUAUUUGAAUAAUAAUAUCACAUUUAUCACUCCUAAUUUGUUGAAUUUGUUUGAUAUUUGAUAGGUCCACAGUUUCCAGAAAGAAUAUCUCAAUCUGUGUUCAAGUUUCAAUUUUUCUUCCCCAAUUUAAAUUUUAUAAAACCCUAAUUAACAUCUACACCUUCUUUUUACGUUUAUUGUGGCUGAAUUUUCUCCUUUUUCCCCUAAUUUAUUUUUCUCUCUCUUCCUCAUACUCUCUCAGGAAUCAAAUUUCGUCCAAUUAUUGUUCUUUUUCCAGCCAAAUCAUUUCAUUCAGCUUCGUACUCUAUUCUUCUAUUUGUUCGGAUCAUCUUCAUCUUAAAUUCUUCAUCUUUUUCAUUUAUCUUUACUAAUUAAUAUUUGGGUAUGCAAUAUUUUCUAGAUUCUUGAAGAAAAAUUGUUAAAAAUCUCAUCUUUUUUAGUAAGAAAGAAAGAUGAAGAUGGGUGGUAACAUAGAGGUAUCUGAUGAAAUAUUGGGAACUUUUGCACCAAUUAUUGUGUAUUGGGUAUACUCUGGCAUUUAUAUGAUGAUGGGUUCUUUAGAUAAUUACCGUUUACAUUCCAGGAAGGAUGAAGAUGAGAAGAAUUUAGUUUCUAAAUCUACUGUUAUUAAGGGUGUUAUUCUUCAACAAACUGUUCAAGCUAUUGUCGCUAUUAUCCUCUUUGCGGUGACAGGAAGUGCUGUUGAGGCUUCAAAAGAGCAACCGAAUCUACUUGUUCUCGCCCGCCAAUUUAUUACUGCAAUGAUGGUUCUAGAUACCUGGCAGUAUUUCAUGCACCGGUACAUGCAUCAUAACAAAUUUUUGUACCGCCAUAUCCAUUCCCAGCAUCACCGUCUUGUUGUCCCGUAUGCUUACGGGGCUCUUUAUAACCAUCCCUUAGAGGGACUUAUCCUCGACACUAUUGGGGGAGCCUUAUCCUUUCUUGUCUCGGGAAUGACUCCAAGAACCUCCAUAUUCUUCUUUUCGUUUGCAACCAUCAAGACGGUGGAUGAUCAUUGCGGCCUUUGGCUUCCCGGUAAUCUUUUCCACAUCUUUUUCAAAAAUAAUACUGCAUAUCAUGAUGUGCACCACCAGCUUUACGGCAGCAAAUACAACUUCUCGCAGCCGUUCUUUGUAAUGUGGGACAAGAUCCUUGGAACCUACAUGCCUUAUUCGCUAGAGCCUAGAGACGGGGGUGGAUUUGAGGCACGACCGACAAAGGAGUGUAAGGAUGAUUGAUAAAUGAGUGCUAUAUGUGAUGUACCACUAUUUGCUAGUCCGAUCCUCUAAAUUCCUUUCGAGCUAUCUUCGAUAUGUGUCUUUUUAAUGUACAUGCUGGUUUUUUAUAAUCUUAUUUAUUCGUGUCUAUAUGAAGUUUUUUGAUGCAUGAACAAAGAAUUUAAUCGUGUAGAGUUGCAAACAUCAGCAUUACCUUUUCCGGGAUGGCCUCCCUUUGUUGGUUCAUCGACAAUGUAUUGAUUUAUUAGUUCGAAAUGUUCUUAGAUAA